CACAAGGUCAACACGGUCAACGUCAUCUUAACUUUCAAAGCUUCAAGAUUUCGACGACGUCAAACAACAGCAUCUAAAAACGUUGACAAUAAUACCAAUCAACAUAAUAAUACACAUCAGUCAAAAUGUUUCGAUUCCAUAAAACUCUCGAUGUGAUUACUCUCUUUCACAAGGCAAGCUCUCCAGCUUCAGUAAGAGUUCAUACUCUUUUGAAGCAAGCUUCUGCCAAUGCUACUGAAUCCGCGACGGAGGAUCAAGCUAGCGACCACUCUGCUCAGACCAACCCAAAGAGACAAGAGUUCGAAUUGGAAGUCACCGAAUCUGCACCUACCCCAGAUCAACUCAAGAGCAUUCUGGAAUAUAUUGGUGUAUCAAAGGUUGGCAGUAUUGUUACAGGUGCAAAGGAUGAAGCAGACGCCGUAAGGAAGAUCAAAGCCAAUGAAGAUAGCUUCCAAAGACCUCUGACUGUGGAUUGGAGCAAUGGGAAAGCUGUUGCUGGAGAUAGUAAAUCCGAGAUAUUGACGAUGCUCAAUGCUCUUUCCAAAAACUAGCCUUUGCAUUGUUUGCGCUGUACAUCAUCUCAAAAGUUUACAAUACCAAUUUCACAAUAUCAAUUUGUUUAAUCACAUCUAUUACUGAAGUUACUCCGCAUAACUGACUAUUGUGACAUAUGGGAGUGAAUAGAUG